AUGAUCACCAGAUGGGAUGCAGGUGCAUUGAACAGCACCCACACCUCGCCGCUGGAGGGGUGGAACAGCCAGACCCAACCCAAACUGCAGCAGGGAGAAAGCACAGAUACACCCUCACAAACCAUGACAGGGACUGUCUUCUGGGGAUCAUUGGGGAUCAGGAGAGUCCGGCCAUCAGUCAACUAUUCUGGAUCUGCUCUCAUCUUCUCAAUUUCAUAUGAAGGGUGCCUUUUACAGGCUUUUAUCAUGUACUCAUUUGCCUGCUGUGAUUUGUCCAUUUUAGCUUUUAUGGCCUUUGACAGGUAUCUGGCUAUAUGUCGACCUGUGCACUACCACUCUUUCAUGACUGAGAGGAGGCUCUCUCAGCUGGUGUGUUUCUCCUGGCUGACACCUUUAUGCAUUUUCGCCAUCAAUGUCGUGCUCACAUCAAGACUCAAAUUAUGUGGAUCAAACAUUAAGAAGCUUUUUUGUGUGAACUGGGUAAUUGUUAAACUUGCUUGCACUGACACAGACACCCUUUCAAUUAGUGUUGUUUCAUAUGCAUCAAUAAUCAUUUAUGUUUUUCAUGGUUUUUUCAUAAUGUGGACUUACAUGCAUCUUAUUAAAACACGCGCAAGGUCCAAAGAAGACAGGGCAAAGUUUAUGCAGACCUGUGUGCCCCAUUUGACUUCUUUAAUCACACUCCUGGUUGUAAUAGUUUUUGAUUUGAUGUAUAUGCGUUUUGGCUUCACAGAUUUACCUCAAAGCCUCCAGAACCUCAUCGCUAUUGAAUUUCUCCUCAUCCCUCCAGUUAUGAAUCCUCUCAUUUAUGGAUAUAAACUUACCAAAAUACAAAGCAGAAUCUUGAGUUUAAUUUAUUUUAAACAAAAAUAA